AGAAACUGUAUUUUCCCUUGAUGAAAUCGCGUCAAGAGCAAGUCGAUUCUGUGAUCUUUGCUCUUGAUUGCGUUGACGAAACUGGAGCUGCAUUUGUGAAAGCUCCCGUGGAUUUUUAAGGUUGGUAGAGAUAGAGAAGCAAUUUUGCUGAAUUUUCUCGGCAUCAUUGAGAGAGAAAAUAAUCUAGUAUUUGAUUUGUUUUCAUUAAUUCCAUAGGAGCUAUUUUUUUAAGCUUCUUUGAUCUCUGUCGAAGGAUUUUUCUGUUUGUCUCUGCGGAAAAAUAGACUGUGAUCACAAAAAGAAAACUGAAUGCGCACUUGAUUUUUCUUGUUUUCCGAGUUUGUGGAAUUUUCCGUGAAUUUUAAGCUAUUGACCGGAGUCGGACGGUCGGAAGUUGGCGGGUGGAGAGUUUUGUUUGGUGUUUUGAGAGGAGGAGAGUUUUGCACGUGCAGCGGCGGGGCGGGCGUACGUGCGUCGUGGUGGUGGUGAUCUCGUGAGUCCCGUGAAAAAUGCCGCAUCGAACGACUUACUUCUUUCCUAGGCAAUUUCCGGAUCGCAGAUUCGAUGCAUCUUCCAAGCAAGUUUUGGAUCACGAGAAGAAGAUUGAUGAAGAAACCACUCAAAGCACCACCGAAAAUGACCUCAAAUCGUCGAGGACAUCAACAGGGGAAGAAUACUUGGCGCCAGCCAUACAGGCAUCUCUAUCAGAUCUUUUCACGGGCGAAAAGCUCUACAGUAACAAAAAGCAAAGGCUCGCCGCCUUUUUCGAUUGGCUGUCUGAGAAAAAGGGAAAUAGAUCAUCGAUUCACGUGAAAUCAUCACGGCUCUCGUCUAGUGACGAGGAUCGCGAGUUGUUACUUCCUCCGGAAUCGGGGCCUCCUGAUGCCAACGUGAUCAAUGACCGGAGCUUUGACCAGAACUUUGACCGGCAAGUGUCGCAGCCGAGGCUGUCAAGUGGGAGUAGCCAUGCUGGUAGCUUGUUCUUGGGAACUAUCGUGGAUGAAAUUUUGUCGAGCGAUGUAAGAGAUACAUGGACUAAGGAUUCUUCCAGGCGUGUGCCAACGACGACGGAGGUGGAGGAGGUGGUGGUGGUGGAGGAGGAGUCGAAUAAGGAAGGAGUAGCGCAGAGAUCAAAGGAGAGUUUCUACUUGCAGCUUACACUGGCUAGGAGGCUUACUUCCCAAGCAACUCUAGUUAGUGAGUCAUUCCUGUUGCAAGGGUGUGGUCCAUCGGUUGCUGAUGCCGAAACCGUUUCUUAUCGUCUAUGGAUGAGUGGUUGCCUGUCUUACAAUGAUAGGAUAUCAGAUGGGUUCUAUAAUAUUCUUGGGAUGAAUCCAUAUCUAUGGGUUAUGUGCAAUGAUUUGGAGGAAGGAAAUCGGCUACCGCCUUUAAUGUCACUCAAAGAAAUUGAACCCAGUGAGACACCUAUGGAGGUGGUUCUUAUUGAUAGGCGAGGGGACUCUCGCCUUAAGGAGCUUGAAGAUAAAGCACAAGAAUUGUACUGUGCCUCUGAAAAUACCUUAAUGUUGGUGGAGAAACUUGGAAAGCUAGUUGCUAUAUACAUGGGAGGAACCUUCCCGGUGGAGCAAGGUGAUCUCCACAAGCGUUGGAAAUUUGUUAGCAAGAGAUUGAAGGAUUGUCAGAAGUGUAUAGUGCUCCCCAUUGGCAGCCUAUCUGUGGGACUUUGCAGACAUCGGGCAAUUCUAUUUAAGAAAUUGGCAGACUGCAUAGGUUUACCAUGUCGGAUAGCUAAAGGUUGCAAAUAUUGUGCAUCAGAUCAUCGGUCUUCUUGCCUGGUCAAAAUUAAAGAUGAUAGGCAGUUCCCAAGGGAAUAUGUGGUUGAUCUAGUUGGGGAACCAGGAAAUGUCCAUGGUCCGGAUUCCUCAAUCAAUGGAAGCUUCUGCUCUCCAGUGCCUUCACCACUUAAACUUUCUCAUCUAAAAGAUUUUCAACAACCUUACAUGGAUGAUUCUUCAUGUCAGAUAAUCGACUCAGACAAUUCAUGUUCUGUCCUGGAGAAUCCUCAGCAUUCAGGUACUUUUGAUGAAUGUCAAGAGUUGGAAGCCAAUAGUUUAUUUGGAAAUCAGAAGGGUUUAAUGUAUGCUCAAGUUGAUCAAACUUGCCUUGGAAAGGAGGAAGCUGCUGCUGAAGAAUUGAUGCAGGCAAAUUCUGGACUUGGUGGAGAUACAGUUGUCACCCAACAGCCAUACAAAAAGGAGAUUGCUGUGACUGGAAGCCAGGUUACAAACAGCGUCAAGCAGCGUAAAGUUAAUGUAUCCCGUCAGUCAGAUGUGGAACAUAUUGAGACUGGAGUUGGUAAGGAGAGAUUCUCUUCUGUAGCCAUCCCAAGAUACCUGAAUCUUGAACCUUCCCUUGCAAUGGAUUGGCUUGAGAUAUCAUGGGAUGACUUGCGAAUAAAGGAGCGUGUUGGUGCUGGCUCAUUUGGAACUGUGCAUCGUGCUGAAUGGCAUGGAUCCGAUGUUGCUGUCAAGGUCUUAACUGUCCAAGAUUUUCAUGAUGAUCAAUUGAAGGAGUUUCUAAGAGAGGUUGCAAUAAUGAAGCGUGUCCGACAUCCAAAUGUGGUACUCUUCAUGGGGGCAGUAACAAAACGACCUCAUCUGUCAAUAGUGACAGAAUAUUUGCCUAGGGGUAGCUUAUACCGCCUCAUUCACAGGCCAGCUGCUGGAGAAAUGCUUGAUCAGAGGAGACGAUUACGCAUGGCACUCGAUGUGGCAAAGGGAAUCAACUACCUUCAUUGUCUGAAUCCUUCUGUUGUUCACUGGGACCUUAAAUCUCCGAAUCUGUUGGUUGAUAAGAAUUGGACAGUAAAGGUGUGUGAUUUUGGGUUGUCCAGAUUCAAAGCAAAUACUUUCAUAUCCUCAAAAUCUGUUGCAGGAACAGCUGAGUGGAUGGCCCCAGAGUUCCUGCGUGGAGAGCCUUCAAAUGAGAAAUCAGAUGUUUAUAGUUUUGGAGUGAUCCUGUGGGAGCUUGUGACCAUGCAACAACCUUGGAAUGGACUUAGUCCUGCUCAGGUGGUCGGUGCUGUUGCUUUUCAGAAUAGAAGGCUCACUAUUCCACCAAAUACCUCCCCCGCAUUGGCUUCUCUCAUGGAAUCUUGCUGGGCUGAUGAUCCUGCCCAGCGCCCAUCUUUUGCCUAUAUAGUUGAGACGCUGAAGAAGUUGAUCAAGUCUCCAUUGCAGUUGUGAUACAGGCUGGUCGUGGGCAACCGGGCAUUCAUCAACUGAAGCUGCCUUUUUACAGCAAAGUAUUAUAAUAACCUAAGCUGAUUUUGGAGGUUUAGUACUUUGCGCUUUUUUUUUUUUAAUUUACAAUCAAGACAGCAAGUCUUGGUAGUUAUGUUGCACUGACAUAAAACCAUUUUGGUUCAAGGCAACUGUAGACGUGUUUCUUCCCUAACCUACUUGCAAUGCCAUCAAACCAAUUGCAAUGGGGCUUAUAUCCACCAUUGGAAAAAUAUAGCAAACCAUUGCUGUGUUUAUAUAGGUUUUCAAUGGGAUAGCUUUCCUGGAAGUUGUAUCAAGCAAAUCCUGGAAGUUUAAGAGAUGGGAUUUUGCUUCAGAACUCGGUGUUGUAAUAUCAGCCUGUCUAAUAUGUUAUUGUUGUCUGACGCCAGUUUUAAUGAUAUCCAAACUCCUGGGAAGAUAUGUAGCAUAUGGAAAUAAUUCGCAAGCACUCUU